AGAAAGAGCUAAGGGAAAAAAUUAACGUCUUUCAAAGUAUUGCGUCCUGAACUGAUGGCUCAUUUUCAUUGGGUCGGGGAACAAUUUUUUUCAGAUUGCGUGAUAAGCUCGUUUUGUAGAUUAUCAUAAACAUUGGGCAGUUACGAGAGAGCGAAAGGCAAUUGCUGGUCGUGCUUUCACAAGUUAUUAGAAUAACUAGGGCUAGGUCGCUAGUUGGAACUCAAGCUUCUUAUUGAACAUGCUGGAAGAGAAAGGGUUGCCAGUGAGUGUAACUGAAGCCCAAUGACAAUAAGGCGACCCAUGGAGGAUGAUGCUAUUAUCAUUGAUGAAAAUCCAACACCAGAUGAACAUAUGUUUUCAAGAAUAUUCUCUGGUAUCAGAAGCGCAUUAAACGCACCUAAUGCACCAAGGUCUGCUCAACAGCAGAGUGGUCGGCUAUCCCUCGAGGAUUCGUCUGAAGAGCUUGUAACUCGAGCUACGAAACCUAUUCAAAUUGUACCUGGAACCGCAUCAUAUCUUCAACAAGACAGUUUAAUAGUAGCGCCACUCUUUGGUCUCUCCAACAAUAGUACAGACGAUUUCAUGCAAAAAGAUCUGAUCACCAAUUCACUCUAUUGA